AUGGAGGAGUUUUUAUUGGAAAGUGAAGACAAUUUGAGUGCUGGUGGGAGUGAUUGGGAAGAUGAGAAUCACUGGAAGCAGCAGAUGAAAGCAGAAUACUCAGCUCAUCUGGUGAUCAGAGGUGAGAGAGAUGACUCAGUUGUGUUGUGCUCUGAUGAAAGCACAUGUGAAGUGAAGGAAAUGGAAGCCUCCAGCACUAUGCUCCUAAUGCAGGACUUGAUCUUCCCUGAGGACAUUCCUAACACCCAGGAGCCAGCUGUCAGCACAAAGAUUGUGUCCCAGUUGCUGCAUCAUAUCUUUGAAGCAAACCCAACAAGACCAAACAUGAAACGGCUGGAGGAUCUGCUGAUGGAAAACCCAUACAGAGGGAAGGAACAUGAGAAGACAGAUGAUGAAGCCAGAGAUCUGGGUCUUCACUUCUAUUCAUUCCAGGAUCUCUUGGAUAGGAUUCAGGCCAGUGAAGGGGAACUGUGUGGUGCACUCCAGGCUAUCAGGGCUUGUCAAAUCAAUGGGUACUGGAGAGUGCUGGAUUUUGACUAUGAAUUUCAAGUUCUAUCAGAUAUAUUGAAUUACAUUGAGGCAGAAUCUCUCUCAAUUGAUGGAAUCCCACAUUUGGCAACACUGGGUGAACUGGAAGCUUUGAAACCAAGGGAAAUCUUGGAACAGGUCUUCUCUUGGUAUUUGGAACCAUCUGGUCUCUUCUCCAAAUCUGGAGAAGAGUUGUUCAAGCUACGAGAGAAGGAGGUUUGUUGCUUUUUGGCGCAAGUGCUUCUCCGGCCAACUGGAAUCUUCAAUUUGGAAGAGUUCCUCUCUUCAUGGCAGCAGAGUGUCCCCCCAGGUAAGCUCUUUCUGCUGAUGAUUCAGUAA